AUGUCGUUCCCGUAUGUGGGCUGCUCCUUCUGCUGCGUUCGGCUAGGAGGGCCAAGUAACCUGCCAGCCUGCCUGCCGGAGAAGGAGGAUAGUAAACAGAGACAGAGAGGGAUGGGAUUUGAGGAGGGAGGAGGAAAGGAAGGAAGGAAGGAGUGGUGCCUCACAGAUUUGCGUGGCACUUUCGCUCACCGUCCUGCAUUCGGUGAGAUUCAUAUGCCUCCCUCCUCGGGAAUCUAUCUCACGGAAAGGAUUCCCUCGCGCCGUGGACAAGAAGACAGCAAACGACGCAGAGACCAGUCAUCUCCCAAUCGUUCCGUACCAGUCAGAAAGCGAGCAAAAACCCAAUCAACUGUGCCUCUCAGUCGCUCCUCCACUGCCCAGCUUUACGUACGAGAUUUGGAACGAAUUCCUCCUCGCCUCGGUAACCUGUCCCGAUCGAGCUUGCCACAAAGAUUGUGCUCCGCGGCCCGGUCUCCUUCUUCCCCCUUUGGACGGGGCGCUGUCUCUCCAACAUAUGUCCUGGCAUAUACUAGGACAUAUGCCAGGUGCUUGUUCGAGAUGGGCCAUCCAGCGCCUUGGACGAAGGGCGUCCCAACUGUACGGAUCGGGCCCACUGGACGAAAAAGAUGUGCUCAGACACCGAGAGGCACGCGCCCGCAUGCCACUGCGCUUUGCUCGACAGGCGAUGCGGGAUGCCAUCUCCGCCAGCCGAUGCCCACAUCGCCCUUGCACUGUCUGUGUGAGUGA